ACGAGCGUUCAAUAUCGAACGCCCCGUUGUAAACAAGAAAAUGUCGUCUGUCAAUCGUCAAUCUUUCAAAGACAAUUUUAAGAUAGGCAGUGGCAACUAGUGGUAUGUCCAAAAUGAACAGAAAAGAUGUAACCGUGCUGAUAUUGUGGAAUGUUAUUAUAUCCAACGUUGAUACUUGUACAUUUCCCGCAAUUUUGGAGGGAAAAACUUGGGAAGAUUCGGAUAAAGGACGUCCUAUAACUUUUAGCGGAAGUGACUUGUCGGGGUGGACUGUAACAUUUGGAGCUGAGACAAUAAGUAGCUGGACUUGCCUGUUUAACCAGAAUAACCUCAUUGUAUUCAAGUCCAGUUAUCAAUUUUUUCUUCCUCCUUUUCCACCACAAACAAAGCAUGUGUAUGUGUGCAUGUGGACCGUUUCCGUAGAGGCAGACAGGAUAAUUUAUUAUCUCUUGGCUGAUGAGGAUGUAGACUCCAAUACACGCUUAUUCGUCAGUGACGACAGCAGUUUAGGCGCCUGUGACGUUUGUAAGUUGGAUUUAAGUCUGGACACUUCACAGGGAAAAGCCAUGGUUACAAGUGGAAGUCCGUCCUCGGUCCCAAUACCAGCUCAAUCUGGUCCGUGUAGCGGAUGUUCAUGUACCCCAACGACUGAAGCAUCCACAACGACCGUAUUAUCUACGUCAUCCGAAGCAUCAACAACGACAACGACAUUACAACCACCACAUCAUCAACUACAUCAUCAACUACAGCGACAUCAUCAACAACCUCAUCAUCCACAACAACCACAUCAACAACAACAGCAUCCACAGAAUCUAUGUCUUCCACUGAACCUGUACCAUCCAAGAUAUCUAGAACAUCAGCAGGAAAUCAAAGUUAUACAGGAUCCAACUCCAAUGACAAUAACUCGGCUGUUCUAUACACGGCAAUAAUUAUCCCCUCUGUUCUAGCAAUAGUUCUCAUUGCAAUAAUAAUUGUGGUUGCAAUCAAGUCAAAGAAAACUAGCAAUACGAUAACAUCGUUAUCACCGGAAUGAAAAUUGAUACUGGAUGGUGUUCAGGGGAUUUAGAAAUUACCGCUUUUUGUGUUUGUAUGCAAUGAAAGUGAAUGUUGUUCAGUUGCAAAUGAUAAAAUUGGUUACAGUGAUGAGAGUCAUGAAUGACUGAAAAAUGAAAUCCUUCUUGUGAAAGAUGGAGCAUAACAUUUACCUCAUGUCUAAACUGCUGUGAUAAUUAUUGCUUGUUAUCAAGUACAUAU